AGAAGGCCUCUCAAACUGACCACCAAACAGUAGUAGAUAGCAGCAAAUUAAGAAGUAGAAAGGGCAAUGGCUUCCUCCAUGGUUCCAUCAGCAGCUGUGUCGUCCGUUAACCGAGCCACCGCGGCUCAGGCUAGCAUGGUCGCACCCUUUACUGGCCUUAAAUCAUCCUCAGCCUUCCCAGUUACCCGCAAGCUCAACAAUGAUAUUACCUCCGUAGCCAGCAAUGGUGGAAAAGUUCAAUGCAUGCAGGUCUGGCCUCCAAUUGGGAAGAAGAAGUUCGAGACUCUCUCUUACCUGCCUUCUCUAACCGAUGAAUCAUUGGCAAAGGAAGUUGAAUACCUUCUCCGCUCUGGAUGGAUUCCUUGCUUGGAAUUUGAGUUGGAGCAUGGAUUUGUGUACCGUGAGAACGCCAGGUCACCAGGGUACUAUGAUGGAAGGUACUGGACCAUGUGGAAGCUGCCCAUGUUUGGAUGCACAGACGCUGCUCAAGUGUUGAAGGAGCUCGAGGAGGCCAAGAAGGCUUACCCCAACUCAUUCAUUCGCAUCAUCGGAUUCGACAACAAGCGUCAAGUGCAGUGCAUCAGUUUCAUCGCCUACAAGCCCCCCGGUUUCUAAAUUCAUGAGCUGGCCGCCCAUGUCCUUUAAUCUUGUUGGGAUCAAUUCAUCUUGAUUAGGUUCCAUUCAUCGUUUCAUUUAUUUUUCUUUUUUGUUUUUCGUGGGGAGUCAUUUUAUUCUUGUUUUUGGUUAUCUGAUCUGGGAAAGGGAAUAAAAUUUGUCAUGUGUUUUCUGUUGUCAAGUAUUAUUGAACUGGAAUGCAUUAACUUCACCAA